CACGGCCGCGACGUGUCGCUGGCCCGGCCGAUGGCCGCCGCCCGCCCGCCGCGCUCCGCGCCCGCGCUGACCCAUGUAUUUGAAGAGGCCGGCGGGCGGCCUCGCCUUCUGCCUCUUCUACCUGGCCUCCAGCUUCACCAACAAGUAUGUCCUGUCUGUCCUGCAAUUUACCUACCCUACACUUUUUCAAGGGUGGCAAACAUUGGUGGGUGGACUUCUGCUUCACAUCUCCUGGAAGCUGGGCUGGGUGGAGAUAAACUUGUGUUCAAGGUCUGAAAUCCUGUCAUGGCUUCCUGCAUCAGUACUUUUUGUGGGCAUUAUUUAUGCUGGCUCCAGGGCACUGUCUAGAUUGCCAAUCCCGGUGUUCCUCACUGUGCACAACGCAGCAGAAGUCAUAACCUGCGGGUUCCAGAAGUUCGUGCAGAAAGAGCAGACCUCUCAUCUGAAAGUCUGUAGUGUGCUGUUCCUCCUGGCAGCAGCAGUGUGCCUUCCUUUGUGUGACACACAGUUUGAUCCAAAUGGAUAUUUAUGGGCUCUAAUUCACUUGAUCUGUGUUGGGGCUUACAAAGUAUUUCACAAGUUGUGGAAACCUGGAUCUUUAAGUGAUCUGGACCAACAGUACAUCAACUAUGUGUUCAGUGUAGUGCUGUUGGCCUCUGCAUCCCAUCCAGCAGGUGAUCUCUUCAGUGCCUUGGAUUUUCCAUUCCUUUACUUCUACAGGUUUCAUAGCAGCUGCUGUGCCAGUGGACUGUUGGGAUUCUUUCUGAUGUUGCACACAGUGAAGCUAAAAAGCAGCACAACCUCAGGGCAGUAUGCAGCCUGGAGUUUCCUUGCAAAGGUUAUCACUGCUAGCUUAUCCCCGUUCUUCUUUGUCAUGACUGCCAAUGUACUAACAAUUUCCUGGUGUGAUAAGAGACUUAUAGAAAGGAGAAUCUCCAGUUCAGACCAGCCCCAUUUACUUAUGUGUUAAUAUGGAUUCCUGUCUGUAUUUUAGGCACAUGUAGUCUCAAAUGCUAAACCUUGUGAUCGGUGGAGUUGGAGAAGCGUUGCUUGUUUACACUGAAAGGACAGGCACAUAAAGAGGAACCAGAUCUCACCAGAUGGAACAGAGCUGACUUGCAGCCUAGAGACACUAUCAUGAAAAAAAAGUGGCAGCAGGAAUGAAGAAGUGCAACCAAACAUGAGGAAAGGGAUCUAUUGUUUUUGGUUUUUUUUAAUUAAGAAAAGAACCUAUGCUAUUAAUAGUGCUGGUAAGGGAGCAGCAUAGAUGGCAGAGAUGGUAAGGAGCCUUUGCCUCAAAGCACAAGACCAACUAUAUCAGAUUGAUGUGGUAAAGAAAAAACUGCACUGUAUCAUGCUGAUGGCUCUGUGUGAGCACCACUCAGUAGCAGCUUCUUGCACAGGGAGCUAAACUCAGGAAAAGCAGCAUUCCCCACUGGGUGCCCCUGGUGGUUUUUUGUUUUGUUUUGUUU